GCUCGCGCCGUCGCCCCAGGCCUCGCCCCGCAUGCCGAGUGGUCAUAUAUUACCGCCGGAGGGCUGGAUCCCCCGCGCGGACGAGGACGGGAUCUCGCUGCCACCGCCGUGGGCGAUGGGAGGGACGACGUCGCCGCGCCCGCCGCCGCCGCGCGAGCUCGCGGUGCACCGCUCGGAGGACACGAUGAAUACGCACACGAACACGGAUUUUGCGAGCUUGCGCCAGGACCCGCGGGAGCACGUCCGCGUGCGCGAUUUUGGGUACGUCAACGCCGUUCCACGCCCGACAGAGUCGGUCACGGCGAGCACGGCGAACUUGAGGAACAGGAUGAGCGUGGUGCCGGAGGUGGUGCCGACGCCUCGAGUGGGCCGCAGGGCGAGCGUGGCGCCGACGGAGGGGGGAAAGAGCGUGAGGAGGGAACAGGGGUUGGGGUCGAUGAGGGCGAGGACGCCGGAGGGCGAUUGGGUGGAGGUUGGGACGGAGGGAGAGAUGCCUCAGACUCAGGGAACGCAGCAGUUUGCUGAUCAACUGCGAUACUCCAACCCGGACAUCGCGCAGGAUUGGAGAGACCACGCGGUUCAGGAAAGGACGCAGAGCCCGCCGCGACGAGGCCCCCCGUCGAUGCGGACAAGGCCGUCCAAGCUGACCACGCCUGCCCCUCUGGCUCCGCAGUCCGAACAGGGAUCAAGGUCUGGCGGGCACACCCGCCAGAGCACCGCGCUCUCCGGGACGUCGGGGACCGAGAUUGGGAUCAGCGUCGUGCCCCCGACGCGGUCCGCGACCGUGACAGGCACACCUGCGACGCGUCGUUCGGGCACCGGCAUGCUCAGUCCGCUGGGCCACAUGGAGUCCAUACAUCAGCGAAUGGCGUCGCCCCGCGCGCUUUCAAGCCUCGGCCGACGGCCCAGCCGCGAAACUCUUGGGCAUCGCCGUUCCGCGUCGCUCAGCGCUGCUCAGCCCUUCGCCGGUGGCGGCGGGUCCUAUCGGCAGGCACCAUCCCGUGUAGGCUCGGGCACGCCGGGCUCCGUCAUGUCUGGCGGGGGCGGAGGCGGGGGCGGAGGCGGGGGCGGCGUGCAACGCGUCGGGAGCGCAUCGAGCCAGGUGCCGCUCUCAGCGUCCAACUUGUCCGACCACAAUGUGUCGACCUCAAAUCUAACCGCUGGUGGAGGUGGGGGACACUCGCGCACGGGCGCACAGCCGGAUCUGCGCCGCAUGCCGUCGUCCACGUCGAUCGCGUCCGUGGCGUCGCGUGGGUCGUACAAGCACUACGACCCGCGCGAGUACGCCGAUCCGGCCGUGCUCGCGAGCCAGAGCGUAGAACGCCUCAGUGGGGACUCGGGGCCGAGUCCAGCAACGCAGGCGAACACGCUCGCCAAUGCUGCCAGUACUGGGCGAACACCGAGGUUCGGGACGAGGCCUUUGUCGUACGUGUCCGGGAGAUCGGGGAGGUGAUUGUUGCACGGUCCAGGGCGGCUUCAUCUGUUGGUCAUCUGUGAUUGUUAUUUUGGAGGGUGAAUCUUUUGCUUGCAUUUAUUGUGGUGCUUGCUGUGAAAUACUGUCUCGCCAUGCUUUGCGGAGUUUGGGGAGGAAAC